UCUGACGAUUGACCAAUCGCGGCAGUUGUUACUGUUUGGUGGGUUGCGAAGAAGGCGUGAUGGAGUGGACCGGUGGCGGCCUCUGACUGGAUUUCUUGCUCCUGAUAGUAACUCCCGUGUUUCUGAAAGUUUUCCUUGGCGGGAAUCAUUAGUUUGUCUCUCUGUUUUCUUUUUGCUUGUUUUAAAUUAAUGCUGGUGAGAUGGGAGGUAGUGGGAGUACAAAACGCGUCUCCUUCGAAGCUGAUGAAAAUGAUCAGAUCACUGUGGUGAAGGGCAUUAGGCUUUCUGACAGUGUCAUCAGCCGUAUGCGAGAUGCCUCUCCGCCUGCUGAAAAGACACAGUCACCUCCUCCGGGACCACCUUCGUCAACUGGAACUCGUCCACCUUCUCCAGUUCAACCAAUAGUUACUGAUGAGGAGGUCAGAAAGCGAAUUUCUGAAGAGCUGGCACAGGAACAGGCCAGACAAGAUUUGAAUCUGCAAAAGAGGCUUGAACAUGAUAAACGAUACGUUCAUGAUGAAAUUAGCAAGAUUCUUCAACGCGAACGAGACGCAGCAAGUGAUAGUGUUAUAAAAGCUGUAUUGCGGGAGAGAGCGCUGACUGAAGAGGAACGUGUGAAAGCCAAGCAUGCUAUGCGAUUUCUCCAAUUCAAGUCAAGAAGACCAUUCCCAAAGACCAAACAGUUGGAAGAAAAAGAGAAAGAGCUGCAGAAACUCAAUGCCUAUUACAAGGAGCAGGUGACCAGACUGGAAGACAGGAGUGCCCAAUUCUACAAACUGACCACUGAACAAUACCAGAAGGCUGUUAGUGAAGUGGAGUCCAAGUUCAAGAGGUACGAGUCACGACCCAUCUGUGCUGAGCUGCAAGAGGAUGUCCUCCGUUGCUAUCAGAAGAACCCAGAUCAGACUCUCAGCUGCUCUGCAUUGGCCAAGCAGUACAUUCACUGCAUUAACUAUGCCAAACAGAGCCUACUGGGUAAAGGAGGUUAAAACAACCUGCCACCACAUCAAAAAGCCCUCAUCGUCCAUUUCAACAACGGAAUAUCUUUCAGGAGCAGCCAAAGAAGCUCAGCUAAGCAUCAGGACAAUAUGGGAAAGAGGAAACAAAAGGCCAUUGUCACCACGGCAACAGCAGCAGCAAGCACCCUAAUUUAAUCAGUGGGGAUAUGUUCAGCCAGGUUGUAAACGCCUUAACAACCUGUCAGGCUUAUAGACCUACCAGAAAAAUGUUCAGCUUUUCUGUAAUUGUUCUGUCCUAUGACAUUAAAUUGAAUAUUUUUGUUUUGUUUCGUAUGAGGCCUUUGAAACAUUCUAACAAUAAAAUGCAAUUAAAUCUGUCUUUCAAAGAUCAAAAUGCA